AUGGAGAAGAUGAUCACCAUCUUGGCUCCCUUUGAAGAGUUGACUCGGCAUGUGAGUUGUUCAGAUUAUUUUUCCUCGGAUGUAAUUCCUACAGUCACUGUGCUACAUCGAUUUUUAUCGAAAGAAGUGGAUGAGGACUACAGUGUUAAAACGAUGAAGAACACAUUGCUUGGUGCUUUGCAGAAAGGCUUCUCUGACAUGAAGCAAAAUACACUUUACUGCAUCGCUACCUUACUCAAUCCAAGUUAUGAAGAUCGGUUCUUCUCAAAUGCAGAUGCUGGCAGGCAGGCCAAAGAUAUGUUCCUGCUGGAAAUGCAAAAAAUAUCUUCUGUACAGGUACUACAGGCACAGGCAGCUACACCUCAGGUGCUUGAGAAACCAGCUGCCAAAAAACCUUGCACUGACCAACAGCCAGCUGAAAUGCUCCGAACUGAUUUAGAACGUUCCCUCCCUAAGUUUGACUUUGCAAACCUUCACUGUAGCUUUUCAAUCAAUAAUAAAUGUUUGUUGUCUUUUUAUCUUACAGUUAAUGCCUACUCAUCAUCUGCAGUAUUUCAGAAUAUCAAUUUAUCAAUUACAUGCAGAGUGUCCCACGUCAUAAGUAACAGUCGUGUUUUAUUGGUGUGGGCUAAAGCGAACAGACAUACCUCUGUUGCUGUAAAGGAACACAGUGUAACCUCUCAGUCAAGGCAAAUUACUCUAAAUGUUAGAGAUAUCGAUGAAUAUUCAACAAACUGGACUUGUUUGGUAUUUAGUGGCAAUCAGUUGGUUGCUCUGGCUCCACUCACACUGAAAUAUAAGGCAGAUGCAGAAAUUCAGCCAACAAACAUUACUGACCCAACUACAAACAUCCAAGAUGUUAAUGCAUCAGAGUCGGAUGGGAAACAUCAUAAAAUCAUCAAAACUUGCAUCUAUAUAAGUGUUAUGGCUGUGGUGGUUAUAAUAAUUGCAGGUUUACUUCGGAUGCUGAGAAGCUCAGGUAUGCUAUUUCUAAAUGGACAGUAAAAUGUUUUGAUAUUAGUUAUUUAGUUAUAUUAGGAACGCUAAUGGAAACAUCACAAAAUGGAAGUUACAUCGGAGGAUAACACAUACAUUCAAU